AUGGAGCUCGCUAUCAUCACGGGCUCAACAGAUCUUGCGAUUAGGUGUACGAAAAUUGUCCAAAGAAUUCAUGUCACGCGUGAGAAAUUCAAGGCAGCAGAUCUUACCGUCAAGUCUCUAGUUGAUCAGGUCGAAAGCCUUCGAUACGCAUGGACCAAGAUUAGCGACUGGUCUGGUGCACGCGACGUUGCAAACGACUGUAGCGAUUGCGAUUGGCAAUUUCAAGACCAGCUGGAGAAGAAACUAGACUGUGGAUAUCUAGUUAUUGCGGCGCUUGAAGAAGAUCUAAUGCAAAUGACGGCGAAUGAGCGAAAGUCACGGAUGACUUUCAAGCAAAAGACAGCUUUUGUGUGGAAUGAGUCGAUCAUAGAAAUCCAUCGAAAGCGAGUCAGUGAUCAAGUCCAGUCUAUGGGUCUGCUACUCCAAGUGUCCCAGCUGCCAACCCCAAAGGAGCGAGUUGUCUUCAUUGUCAACUCACGAACGCAGCUCAAAAAGUCUGACGAGAGUGCAUAUUCAAUCAUACCUUCACGAAGGUCCAUGUCUAUCCAGAGGGAAAGCUCUCUGAGCACAGACAGUGAAGCCUUAGCAUAUUACCCAUUCGACUUUGAAGAUGAUCUUUUCACUUCUGACGUCUAUAAACGUAAUUAUCGCACAGCCAAGGAGGUUUCGAGAGGGUCUCAAGUCAAAUCAUCUCAAGACCCUCAAGUUAAAACUAGCAUCUUGCGUGCCGAUGGCCAAGGAGAAAAUGUAGAAAAACCCAGAAUAUCGUCGCCUGUCUUAAUAUCAUCGUCGAGACUAGGAAUACCGUCUGACUUCGAAGUACCAUGGCGUAUUAGGGGCGAUAGCACCCAUCGGCCGACAGAAUGGUACCGGACCUUUUUUGAAGCUCUUAAUAACCAGUCUUCCAUCCAAGAAAUCAAGGCAAGCACAUCUGGUGCUCUAGGAAUUCUUUGGGAAGCACUGCCUGAAGACAAGAUGAAAGCACUAGGUGAUGACACUGUCUCAUCAAACGAUAUCCAAAUUGGCAGGAUCUUUACACAAGGGGACAUCAAACGAGCUGAAAGCCUGUUCAGCGAUUAUUAUGACGCAUGGGCCGAGAUUGCAAUACUAUCAAUCCAGCAUCCCAUCGCAGUACUGUUGAAGGUUCGGAGCUUGAGUCGUCAAAUGAAGAUAUGCUUGAUCUUAAAAUUGCUCGGUCACAAAGCGCUCCUCGAUCUCUUUUGUCGCAAUAAAAUCGAUGACUCGGCACUUCCUCUCUCAGUAUCUGACUUAGAAGAAGUCUUCAAGGACCAGGAAGACUUCGCCUCUCUGGCCCUACUCUUUCAAAGUCAGCAGUACAAUAUAGUACAAUCCGAGUGA